GGUCGAUUACUGUGGCAACAACCCAGUUAGGUACUGUUGCGCAGCGUCGAAGAAAUAGGCGACUGCGGAUAUUACGGCAAUCUCUUUUUAACUGAUCAAAUAAACAAACAUUCUAUCUUUUAGUAUACCAGUUUCGGGAUGUGUUAAAUUUACUGUUUUUGUCGUUGAAUCUACGAGCAACAAAUAGCGUUGAUAAAUUGCCAUUUGUUUCGGAGAAAGGGAGCAGUCGUUGCCACGAACAGUGUCUGAACUAGCCAGCUAAGUUGUUUGUUUUACCUCUAGCUAGCUAAAGACGGGUUGAAAUAUGGCGUGAAGCGGAGGCUGGCUUCUACUAAUUCAAUAUUGCAUUAGAAGGGUCAACACAGGUAAUCAAGGCAGAUCAACAGAGGGUCAGGGGUUCCGUUCGGCCGGAACCUCCAAGCACGCGUCGUCAUGGCUUGGGCCCUGAAACUGCCGCUGGCGGAUGAGGUGAUCGAGUCAGGUCUGGUGCAGGACUUCGACGCGAGUCUCUCUGGCAUUGGUCAGGAACUGGGAGCCGGGGCUUACAGCAUGAGUGAUGUGCUUGCCCUUCCCAUCUUCAAACAGGAGGAAUCCAACCUUCCACCAGACAAUGACAAUAAGAUCCUGCCCUUCCAGUAUGUUUUAUGCGCCGCCACCUCGCCUGCUGUCAAACUCCACGACGAGACGCUCACCUACCUCAACCAAGGACAGUCUUACGAAAUUCGAAUGCUGGACAAUCGGAAAAUGGGGGAGCUCCCUGAAAUUACGGGGAAAAUGGUGAAGAGCAUCAUCCGGGUGGUCUUCCAUGACCGGCGUCUGCAGUACACAGAGCACCAGCAGCUGGAAGGCUGGCGCUGGAACCGGCCCGGCGACCGCAUCCUCGACCUGGACAUCCCAAUGUCAGUGGGCAUAGUGGAUCCCCGGGCAAACCCCACACAGCUCAACACUGUUGAGUUUCUGUGGGACCCGUCGAAAAGGACUUCAGUCUUCAUUCAGGUUCACUGCAUCAGCACAGAAUUCACCAUGCGCAAGCAUGGGGGCGAGAAGGGCGUGCCCUUCCGCAUCCAGAUCGACACGUUCAAAGAGAGUUCAAACGAGAGCGGAGACUACACUGAGCACCUGCACUCGGCCAGCUGCCAGGUCAAAGUUUUUAAGCCCAAAGGGGCAGACAGGAAGCAGAAGACAGACAGGGAGAAGAUGGAGAAGAGAGCUCCACAGGAGAAAGAGAAGUACCAGCCCUCUUACGAAACCACCAUUCUUACAGAGUGUUCUCCGUGGCCGGAGGCCACUUAUGUAAACAACUCUCCUUCACCGGGAUUCAACAGCUCCCACAACAGCUUCACAGUAGCCGAAGGGUAUGAGAUAGAAGAUGCUAUAAAUGGAUCACCGAAUCACGUGCCAGAGCCACCAGCACAGAUUGCAGAUUUGCCAUACCAUCUACUUAGAAGAGACAGUGAGAGCCAGCAGUCUGUAACUCCUGUCUGGAACCAGCAGAAUCUAUUGCCCGCGGCAACGCCGCAGGAUGCCCAGCAGUGGCUCCAUCGAAACCGCUUCUCGCCCUACUGUCGUCUGUUCACAAACUUCUCAGGAGCAGACCUGCUGAAAUUGACGAGGGAAGACGUCAUUCAAAUCUGCGGCCCUGCCGAUGGCAUUCGACUCUUCAAUGCACUGAAAGGACGGGUGGUACGUCCAAGACUGACCGUGUACGUGUGCCAGGAAUCCCAGCAGGCCCGGGAACAGCAGCAGAAGCACGAGAAUGGAGACGGCAGCAGUAGCACCUUCUUUGUGUACCACGCCAUUUACCUGGAAGAGCUCACUGCCACUGAGCUCACUGAGAAGAUCGCCCAGCUCUUCAGCAUCUCUCCUAGGCAGAUCAAUCAGAUCUUCAAACAAGGACCCACUGGUAUCCAUGUGCUGGUCAGUGAUGAGAUGAUUCAGAACUUCCAGGAUGAGAUGUGUUUUGUUCUGGACACAAUGAAAGCCGAGACAAACGAUGGGUACCACAUCAUCCUAAAGUGAAAAAGAUGACAGUUGGUUUGGGGGGGGGGGGGGGAUGAGGGACAACAGACCUGCCCUUCUCCCCUCCUCUGCCCCCCUCAUCUUCUUGGACUUUCGUCUCACCACACCCCCCACACACAAAAGCCCACCCCAGAACCCUCGCCCUCCAGUGUUCAAUGGAUUACGUCGAAGACUCCGUUGUUUCACCCUGAACGCGUGUGAGGAGGUGGGGCCUCAGUGAAGGACGCCGGUGUGGGAAAGAAGAACUGGCAUCAUCCAGCCCUCGCUCACCUUUCUGUCUUACUCAAACCCCGUGUCUCCCCCCACUUCCCCAUCACCCCUCCUCCAUCACUGCCCUCUCUACCCUCCACUCAGUUUAUUUUAUAUUCAGUCUCUUCCUGCUCUGUUGCUUAUGCUUCUUAAAGAAAGUAAGAAUUGAAAAAAAGGAAGGAAAAAAAAAAAGCUUUUUUUUUUUGUGUGUGUAUCUGUCCCACAUUAGCUGAGUGCGUGGUGUGCCAAAAUGUGAGGCUACAGAUGUUGCGCGAAAGUCCCUUAUUGCUUGUCCUCUGAUCUGGAAGGCAAACCAACCAAUCAACCAACCAACUAACCAAACAAACAGACAAAACUAAAAAAUCACACACACACACACACACACACACAAGCCCUUUUGUUCUGCCUUUAGUAUAAUUUUUCCUGGAUCCUGAUAUGUAAAUUCACAUUUAUUUUAAUAACUCUGAUGUCACCAGCCAUGCAGAGCUAGACACUUAAUCUACUGAAGGGGAAGUGAUGUCAGAGGGUGGCAUGCCGCAUAACAUUUCAAGCUUCAGUAGUGUGUCUUUGUGACUGGUCCGUCACCAUAGAGUUCACCGUGAUUUCAUUAAGAAAUUCCAUGCUGAUCCAAGAGUUUUUAAAUUAGGAGUAUUGCAUCCCCAUCAUGGUAGUCUUUUUUUUUUGUGCUAUGCCCGGAUUUCAUUAUGUAGGAGUUGCCACAAGCAGUCUUUCUCUGAAAAUGUUGAAAGGUUAUAUUUUGUUUAGUGCCCCUAAAAGUAUUUCUUUAUGUCAAAUUAACAUAUUUCCCUCUCUUACUGUGUUGAAGUGGGAGCUUUGAUCAGCAGGAAGUAUGAUGAGAAGGUGCCUUGGAGGAGAAGGCCUCAUUUGUUUUAAUUUUUGCUUUUGUUUUUAACGCUGCUCAUUGGCGUUUUAGUUUUUUUUUCCGUUGUUUUUGCUGAGAAUCUCUUGACUGAAGUUUAAUGAUCAUGGUUGAUCUUGACUGAAGGAUAGCCAGCACCUUUGCCUCAAAAUCGCCUUGCAUUGGCCAAGCUUUGUGUAACUCAUGUCCUCUGAAUCGUAUUGUAUGUUAACAUGCAGGAACUAAUGCACAAAACCCGAGGACCGGACACUCUGUGUCCUCACCCCUGGACUAAAGACAUAUUAGUCUAUAUUAUGACUGCAUGUCAUUUGUAAACCCAAGAGAUGAGCUUAUAAAUACGUUCUGACUCCCUCCUUCACACCUUUUUUGUGUGUUCUGUCGCUCUCUAUCGCAGCAUUAUUCUCUCAGUAGCAGAUAGGUUUUUAAGAGGCAGCGAACAGCGGAAAUAGGGGAUCCUUCUGAAAAAAACAAACAACUUAAUGUUUAAAUGUGCGUAGGCCUGUGUAUAACCCCAGUUUCUUUUGUCCUUAUGUUUUUUUUUUUUUUUUUUUUUUUUAACAGAAUUGUGUUUACUAUCAGUGUAAUACUUUGUUUUAUCAUUGGUUAUUACCACUUCCAGAUUCAUCUAGAGGGUGGUUGUUGGUGGUGGUUGAUGCGCUGGAACUGCAUGAGGAAAGUUAGUGGUGGUUGUCAUUUCUGAUCAGAUGUGCUAGAUGCAUCAUAAGUGGAUGCUGGGACAUACAUUGAUGUUGUCCAUCUUUGCCCCCUUUGCCCAUGUCAUCACGAUGAUUAAACUACUUACCCAUCAAGACGCCCAUGAUUGUUUAUUUAUUUAUUUGUUUGUUUAUUUUCCCCAAUUCAUACUUAAAACAUCUUUGCCUCCUUUGUGUAGUCCAGCAGCAGUUUAUGUGACUUCUUCUUUUUUCUUUUUUUUUUUCAAACAGCCAUUUGUUUAACAUUAACUUUUUGGUUGAAAUUUCUGUCAUCGGUGGGACUGAAAUUAUGUUCACUUUGACGAAACCGCAUUGAGUGUAAACGAUACCUUGCAUUAAAGCGCAUGCUUGGAUUUAAGUAGACUACUUAAUCGAGAUUGUGCGUUGUUCCACUGUAAUGUUGAAAAAGCAGGGUAGGUAUGAUGGUGUUCAUGAGCUUUGUUUCUAUGGUUAUGCUAUGUCUUAAAGAAGAUCAGAAAUGCCUAAAUUAUAAUUAUUAUUGUUAUUGUUGAUAUAUUUUUCAGGGUCAUGUGACAAGCCCUAAACUGAAUUUGAUAACCUUUUACUUAAACCCAUUAUCCCUAAAUCAUUAUAAACACAUUUAUAAAUGUAUUCAUAAUGCACUAUAGUGACUGACAAAAGUCUAUACAAAUAUUUAUAAAUAAACAUGACUGCACUUAUAAAGAGUUGUGAUGUUGUCGUAUAAGCCCUACACAGCUAUUGUUAUGACAGCAUGUAUGGAGUCAUAUAUUUGGUGAAUAAACAGCAUUUUACAUUUGA